ACCUAUGCUCUAAUCUGUAAUGGAAUGGUGAUCAUGUGUUUACGGUUUAUCCGGUCCAUAUGAGGUGAUAAUUUAUUUACAGAUUUGUAUUCAAUUUUUCUUAUAUUUAUUCUACAACCAUAAGUUUUUAUUGAAAUUAUUGAUCAAUUGACUAUUUAUAAUGAAUCUACCGAAGUCUAAAUCAUUUGAUUCAAAGCAGUUGUCUGAUCAGCAAGCUUUUAAUAAAAUUUAUGACUUUAUAUCUCUAUAUAAGUCUGCUGCUGAAACAGCAAACAUAGCUCCUGUACAACAAAACCUUGAAGAUGGAGUGGACAAGGAAAAUAGUUUUAAAAAAUCAAAACCUAUCAAUACAAAAUGUGAUCGUUCUCCAAGUAAGAAAAAGAAACGUAAACAAGAACCUUUGGAUAUAUCCCGAGUGAAUAUUGAAGGACCAAGUACGAAUAUGAGCCUGAAUACAACACCACUAAAUGAGUCCACGGUGACAUCGACUCCCAGUGUUUCUAAAACAAAAAACCAAAUGAAGUCCAUUAUGAAAAACUCUUCUGAAGAAGAUUAUAUGGAUAGUUCAAAAUCUCCAACCAAUAAAUCAAAGAAACGAAACAAAUCAGUAAGUUUCAUGCUUGACGAAACAGAAGAAGUAGUCAAAAAGAAAACAAAAUCAGACGACUUGUUGAAUGUUGAGAAAAAAGACAAAAAGGAAAAAUCUAUUAAACAAAAUUCAGUUAGCACUGAAAUUAAUAAACUUAAAAAAUUGAAGAAAGUUAAGAAGGAACGGUUGACUGAUGGAUUAGGUGAUAAUGUGCAGAUAAAUAAUAUGGAUACUUCUAGUAGUAGCAACCUAUCAGAAGCAAGUAACCAAAAUGUAAAGGGUGAAAAAACAAAAAAAGUUUUAAAGUCGAAAACACAAAAGAAAAGUUCAGUGGAAAGCCUAUCAACUCAGUCUGUGAACAAUAAUAAUGAGGAACAAACAGAACACAAGAAUAAAAAAUAUAAAAAGAAAAAACGAGUGAUGAAAUCUGUACAGCCAAACGAAACUGAACCUGCAUCUAAAGCUCGCAAAGUAGAUGUGAAGCCCGAGGUCAUUGUUGAAAACUUGGAGAACCUCAGCAUUGCUGAUAAUGCACAUACACUGUCCAAUCUACUCGAUGAAAUGACACUUGCUGAUAAAGAUAAACGAAAAAAACAUAAACGCAAACUAAAGAAAAAUAACACACAGCCGAAUGUUUCAAGCAGCGAUAAUACUGAAGUAGAGAAAAAUGAAAAGGGUAAGGAGAAACCUAAAUGGCAUAAAAGAAAAUGGAACAGAGACAAGAAAGGAGAAAUUGAUGAUGAGGUCAUAGCCAAUACAGUAAUAGUUGAGAAUUUACCAUUGAAUAUCAUGUGCAGUUAUAAGAAGUUGUUGACGGAACAUUUUCAGCAGUAUGGUAUUGUCAAAAGAGUUGGCAUAGCAGAAGUAUAUCCCAGCAAAUCAUCUGACAACAUGACAUUUACAACUACAAUCAUCUUCUACAGUGAUGGGGCAGCUUCAAAAUCUCUAGAAGCGAACAACACGCUGUUCGAAGGCAACAACAUCCAAGUGAAACAGAAGCUGCCGCCAGACCAAACGACAGUAGUGGUACGGUCGUACGCUCCACUCUCCGACCAGAACAUCAGCACGGUGUUCUCCGAGGCGGGCCAGAUAAGGAACAUACGGCACUUGGUCAAAGGGAAGAAGGCUAUUGAAACCGCAUUCGUGGAAUUUGAUAAACCAGAAGCAGUGACAAAGGCUAAGGAAAUAGCUAAAACGGUGAAGAUCGAAGGCAAAAGGGUCCAUGUACACAAAUACGAACUCAGAAAGAAGAAGAAGGGAAAACUGGCCUCCACAGAGAGCGAAGAAGGUGACAGUGAAGAUUCUAACGAUUAGACCUAGUUUUCUGACAUGCUCACGCUAAUAAGGAAGCUUACGCAAUGCACUGCGAAGGUGGCGCCACCGUGUUACCAUGUAAACAACAAUCAUUGGAAAUCUAUUUGCAAAGACUGACUUUAAAAAAUCCAUAAUCGUGAGAAAAUAAAGUUUUUAAUAAUUUAUUUUCUCAUUUAUCAGUACAUAAGUAAAGCGGGGACGUAAUUAAUUUUCGUUAUGGCCCAAUAGCGCUUCCUAUCGGAAUAAAUUGGCAGUAAGCUUCUCUACUUAGGUGAAUGACGUUUUUUUACCAUUUGACCGCGUGUCAAAUGUGUGUUAGUUAUACAAAUUAUGUUACAUGUAAUUCUAAAUAUUUUUGUACAAUGAAUAUCGCCAAUGAUUCUGAGCAAAGCUCAGAUUAUGUAUGUAAUGAGCCCCAUAAAGAGGCAAGCAAUUGACCGUUUACGGGCCCAUUAAAUUUUAAUAUACGUAAAGCAGUCCAAGAAUCUCGGAGAAGUAUGUGUACAAACAUAACGUCUCUCGUUUGAGGCAUCAAUCAAUACCAAUACAAAUAAAUAUAAUUCUUUUUCCACUGCCAAAUGCAUAUUUUGUUAUGAUUUUAAAAUGAGAUAAUUUCUAUCUUGUUAUUAUUAUUAUUAUAGUGAUUUAUAACGUUUCUUGUUACAUUUUGUUAUAAGCGUCGCGAUUAAUUUUUAGAUAUAGAAAAACUUAGGGGCCAUUUAAAAAAUAUAUCAAACUUGUUUUGGAAAAUAAAAUAAUUUAUAUCUAUUUUUGGUUAGUAAAUUCAAUGGUAAUUACAUACAUACAUACAUACAUACAUACAUAUCUGUCACGCCUGUCUCCCAUUAGGGUAGGCAGAAACAAUGGUAAUUACAAUGGUCAUAAUCCCAUGUAAGGUUUUUACAAAGGCUACAGUGACAGUUUACUAUAAGACGGGCUGUAUGCUCGUUUACCACCUCCGUGAUAUAAAAAAAAAUACUGCAUUUAUUGUUUGUCUUUGAUAUUGAAUAAAGUUGAUCGAUAGCAGGGAGUUACUUCAAAAAAAUUCUGCUGUAUUUAGCUAGCCUAGGCACUACUUAAUAUAGGAAGACUUUGUACAAAAGUCGAUUGCUUGGGUACCUCUGUCCCAUUCGUGUUUCAACCGUGAAGCAGUUGUGUUUGCAUGGCUGUGUUUCGGUUUGAAGGGUGGGAUAUGGCGUAAAUUUACUGGGUACAGAGGAAUAACAUCCGAGUCCUCAGGAAUGGCAACGCAUGGGGAGUAUCAUGGGCGAAACAGUAUACUCUGUUAUGUGCAUGGUACUGCUCAUGUGUAUAGGCGACGGUUACCACUUUCCAUCAGGUGGGCCGUCAGCUUGUUUGCCAUUCUAAGUUGUAUAAAAAAAAUACACUUGUUUACAUAAAAUUUUUAGCUUGUUUUUUGUAAAACUAAAAUGUAUACGAUUAUAUAUAUAUUGUUAAAACCAUUUGUACCGAAGUCUGAUAAUGUUUGACUUAUCUAUAAAUUGUAAGAAAUGACUAUCAGGGUCAGCAACGUGCGCGUAAUAUACCCCGGGUAUUGCAGACGGUCAUAGGGUACAGUAACUGCUUUUUUUUUAUGGGUUGAAAAUGGUAUGGUAACCCCGCCUGCGCUAACGGGAUACGCUGGCGGAGCACCAGUGAAGGGUGAUAGAUGAGAAUGAAAACAGGCCAGUUAGCCCAUCAUGAUGAAUUCAUCAGGAAUUAACCAUGAUAGUUUCCAGGGGGAACCGCGAAGAGGUCGAUCUGACAGGGUGAACUGCUAGCAAUGGGGCUACUAAUCCCCACUAUUAACAAUUCCUUCUCCCCCUUAACGUUUUAGUUCACAGAGCGAUUUUUUUUUUUUAAUUAUUAUAAAUACAAAAUAUAUUGAAAAUUGUUUCUUCUUUUUAUUAUAAUGCAAAUGUUACAGAUUUACAGUAGGAAGACGUUUUAAAAUAUGUCAUGGGUGAUCGUGGGCAGCGGUAGUCACUUACCAUCAGGUGAGCCGCAUGCGCGUUUGCCCACUAUGUUGUAAAAAAAUGUAUACAGGGCGUAACAGAAAGGAUAUAACAAUUCGACUUCCAGUGAUAGUAUUUAUAGAAUCGAAGCACAUUCCCCAAAUACAAAAUGUUGUAUUUGUUAUACCCCAUAAGUUACACCCUGUGAGUUAAAAUAGCCCCAAUUUAAUAAAUUUGUUGAAUAAGAAAUUUUGUACCUUUGUUGUGUGACAAUAUCAUAGAUAAAAAAAAUCUAUGACAAUAUGUGAAAUAAAUGGCCUCAUUAUAUUA